AUGGCAUUUUCGAGGUUUUCGAUUUUACGUUCCAAUUCGUUGCCUAAUUUCAGGAAAAAUUUUAGACACGUUAAUUCAUUCGCAAUUAGAACAUCUACCAAACAUACAUCCGCGGCAACAUCUCAAGAAACUGUAAAGCUCUCUUUUGAUCGAUACGACCCUCCAGAACCCCACGUGAAAAAUGAACACAUAACACUUUUGACUAUUCAUGGUCUGUUUG